AUGGAGUACAAGUUCCACCCUGAAAAGAAAGCCACCAUCGUCACCGCGCCGUUCCUGGGCGGCCAGCCCAAGGGCGGCGUCGAGCUCGGGCCCCAGUACAUGCUUGAUGCUGGGUUUGACAAACAGCUCGAGGCGCUCGGGUGGGAGACGGAGCUCUCCGAGCCGUUGAAGGACACCCAUUUCGAAGAGGCAAAGACCAACGAUAAAGACGCCUUUGGCGUCAAGAACGCUACCCUUGUCGCCGAGCUGGGGCGCCUCAUCCACGAGGCCGUGUACUCGGCGCUCGAAAACAAGCGCAUGCCCGUGACCAUUGGCGGCGACCACUCGCUCGGCACCGCCACCGUCGCCGCGGCGCUUCGCCACAACCCGGACACCUGUGUCCUCUGGAUCGACGCCCACGCCGAUAUCAACUCCCCCAAGACCACCGAGUCGGGGAACUUGCACGGGUGCCCCAUGCUGUUUGUCAUGGGCAUCGACACCGAGCUGUACCCGCCGCAAUUCUCGUGGGUGCCGCAAACGCUUAAGCCGAACAAAAUUGCCUAUAUCGGUCUCCGUGACGUCGACGCCGGCGAGAAGGAAAUCUUGAAGAAAUACAACAUUCCCGCCUUCCUGAUGUACCACGUCGACAAGUACGGCAUCGGCAAAGUGGUGGAGAUGGCGCUCGACGCCGUCAACCCCAAUCGCGAUUGCCCUGUCCACAUGCUGUACGAUAUUGACGCCAUUGACCCUUCCGUCGUCGCCGCCACUGGUACCAGAGUAGAAGGCGGUCUCCUGCUUAGAGAGGGUUUGUUUGUCGCCGAGGAAGUGGCGGCGCUGGGUCUUUUGCUGCUGGUGGACAUUGUCGAGCUCAACCCGUUGCUUGCCGCCACCCCCGCCGAGCUCCACAACACCGUGCUGGCCGCGUGUGCCAUCGGCCGCUGUGCCUUGGGCCAAACCCUCUUAUAG